AAACUUUGUCUAAUAUUCUAUCUUAGUCAGUACAACGAAGAAAACCGUGCGUGCGACCAUGCGAUCUUCUUCAUGUGAUACCUUCUUGUCCUAUCCUACUUCACGUUGAAGCAUGUACCGACAACAAGUGUCAACGCGACACGACUCUCUGGAGGAUAUGGUCAUUACAAGCCUGAAAAGCAAAGGCCAAAGCCCGUCGAACUCAGGAGGCGGUGGACUCGGGGCUGUAGUGCAGCGCAAAAGUCCGAGCAUAUUCUGGCUUGUAGUGACAUUGGUGGCCAUCGGAGUACCCUCAUCUCGAUGGAUGCUGCUCCUAACAUGCUGGAAGGUGACGACCGACAUACGGGGAUUCGAGGAUCUGAAGGUCGCUACCUUUGUUCUUAAGAUUACAAAUCCAAGUCAAAAUAUCGAUCUAGCAGAAAUGAUGGAGAUUGAAGACGUGUGCAUUCUUAUGUAGCUAUACACACUAACCCAACCGCACGGAUUGCAAUCCUACCUCUAUCCAGCCUCCGCUUUUGAGAGGGGGCGGUGAUUCCUCUCCAGCUUCAAGCUCUACACUGGCUUCUGGUUUCCUGCUGACCUCUAAAAUUUCGCUGCCACCGACUACAGUACCAUAAAAAGACCGGACUAUCUAGGUAACAACCCAUUCGCUCAAAACAGAAAC